AUGAUGCGGUUGUCCAAUAUUGAUCGUAUUCUUUGUUUUUUCUUCCUUCAUCGCCGGGAGCGGGUGGAACGAUGGCGUCGAGAACGAAAAUUGAAACAGGAUAUCAUCAACGUGCACCAACGAAUCGCUGAAUCCACGAGGAUGGCACAAGUUCGUAAAUGGAAUCUGGAAGAUGAUGACGAUGAUGAGAAUGAGGCGAAUAAGAAAGCCGCCCAGGCUGAAAAAACUGAGGAUGAUGUAGAUCCAUUGGAUGCCUAUAUGCAGUCUUUGAAUGAGGAAAUGCGGCAAGACGUUGAUCAGUCCAAUGAACCUUCUUCCGAAGUGAAAACCGAGGAACCAGAGGACACUGAACCAAAUUCGACCGCCGAUCGCAAACCGCCAAUCGUGAAGAAGAAAAAAGAGAUUGGCAAAGGUGAGCUCAUGGAGAGCAAUAUUGACGAGAUGGAGUACUCAUCUGAGGAGGAAGAGGAGACAAUUGAAGAUGCACUGGCUCAGUUGCAAAAGAAAGAAAAACUACUCCCGGUCGAUCACUCAAAGAUUGCGUAUGAACCAUUCCGCAAAAAUUUCUACAUCGAAGUGCCCGAGUUGGUGAAAAUGUCCAAAGAGGAUGUGAAAGCGUAUCGCGCAAGCCUAGAAAAUAUUCGUGUUCGGGGCAAGGAUUGUCCGAAACCGUUAAAAACUUGGGUUCAGGCGGGAAUCAGUUCACGCUUACUUACUUGCUUAAAACGGAACAAAUUCGACAAGCCCACUCCUAUUCAGUGCCAAGCUCUCCCGGUCAUCAUGUCCGGUAGGGACAUGAUUGGGAUUGCGAAAACCGGUAGUGGGAAAACACUGGCUUUUCUGGUCCCCUUGAUGCGUCAUUUGGAACAUCAGCGCCCACUUGAUCCGGGUGAAGGCCCAAUCGCCCUGCUGCUCUCUCCCACUCGCGAAUUGGCUUUGCAGAUUUUCAAAGAGGCGAAAAAGCUCUGUCAAGCCAUGGAUGCUCGCGUAGCCUGUGUAUACGGGGGCACAGGCAUCAGUGAACAGAUUGCUGAGCUCAAACGAGGUGCGGAAAUCGUGGUCUGUACACCUGGACGCAUGAUCGACAUGCUCGCGGCAAAUGGAGGUCGUGUGACCAAUCUACGCCGGUGCACCUAUGUGGUUUUGGAUGAAGCCGAUCGAAUGUUCGAUCUGGGUUUCGAACCGCAAGUCAUGCGUAUUGUGGAGAACUGUCGUCCCGAUCGCCAAACCCUAAUGUUCUCGGCCACAUUUCCCCGACAAAUGGAACUACUGGCGCGUAAAGCGCUAACCAAUCCGAUUGAGAUUCAAGUUGGUGGCCGAUCAGUCGUCUGUUCAGAUGUCGAGCAGCAUGCCCUCGUAUUGACGGAGGACGAAAAAUUCUACAAAGUGCUCGAAUUAUUGGGUAUCUAUCAGGAAAUGGGGAGUGUACUCAUUUUUGUCGAGAAACAGGAAAGCGCCGACGAACUGAUGCGUGUCUUGAUGAAAUACGGGUACCCUUGUCUAUCUUUGCACGGGGGCAUCGACCAGUACGAUCGCGACUCAGUUAUCACUGAUUUCAAACGGGGUAAUAUUCGCCUUCUGAUUGCUACCUCAGUUGCUGCGCGUGGUUUGGAUGUGAACGAUUUGUUGCUGGUUAUCAAUUACGAUUGUCCGAAUCAUUACGAAGACUAUGUGCACCGAUGUGGACGUACUGGGCGUGCUGGGAACAAAGGAUUCGCCUAUACCUUUAUCACUCCCGAUCAGGAACGGAAUGCCGGAGACGUUGUGCGUGCAUUCAAACAGAGCGGACAGACUGCCCCUGAUGAACUGUUAACUAUGUGGAACAAUUAUAAAACCCGAAUGGAAGCAGUAAGUGCCAGCGGUUGA